AUGACAUGUAACCCAAGUUGGAAAGAAAUCUUAGAUGAGUUGGGUCCACAAGAAGAAGCACAAAAUCGUCCUGAUUUGAUUGCACGUAUCUUUAGAGCAAAAUUAGAAGAACUGAAGGAUGAAUUAUUCAAACGGAAGAUAUUUGGGAAAGUUUCAGCAUAUGUAUAUGUCAUUGAACAUCAGAAAAGAGGACUACCACAUGCACAUUUCUUGAUCAUACUACAAAGAGAUUGGAAAAUCUAUGCUCCAGAAUCUUUUGAUGAAAUUGUAUCAGCAGAAAUACCUGACAAAGAGAGAAAUUUACAUUUGCACAAGGCAAAUGAAACUGAAUCUAGGGAAAUAAAUGAUGAAUUUGCAGUUUUGAUACCAGAAGAAGAUCUUAUGGCUUCGAUGAGUCUUAAUCCUGAACAACAACAUGCAUAUGAAUCAAUUUUACAGAAAGUCCUUCUAAAUGAAUCUGCUGCAUUCUUCAUUGAUGGUCCUGGUGGAACAGGGAAAACAUUCUUAUAUAAAGCACUUCUCGUUACAGUGAGAUCAAGAAACUUAAUUGCUCUUGCAACUGCAUCGUCUGGUGUUGCUGCAUCUAUUUUACCUGGGGGUCGAACAUCACCUUCACGCUUCAAAAUUCCAUUAGAUCUUGACAAAAAUAGUACUUGUUGUGUAAGCAAACAAGGUGCUCUUGCCAAAUUGUUACGUCUUGCAAAGUUAAUCAUAUGGGAUGAAGCACCUAUGUCUAGAAAAGAAUGUAUGCAAUCAUUGGAUAAAAUGUUACGAGACAUAACUGAUUCAAGAUUACCAUUUGGUGGAAAAAUUAUCGUAUUCGGUGGAGAUUUUCGUCAAGUCUUACCUGUCGGAAAUGGAACAACACCAAUCACAAUUGAGAAUAAGAUCAAAAUUUCCAGUGAAAUGCUCAUUCCUUACAAAAAUGAUGUGGAGUCUUUAGAUGAUCUGAUUGAUGCGGUCUUCCAGGAUAUUGGCAGUUAUUCAGAAAAUUUAUCCGAAAUGACAAAUCGAGCUAUAUUGACACCAAAGAACAACUCCGUCGAUGAGAUAAAUACAAUACUUAUUCAAAGAUUUCCUGGUACAGUUACACAAUACUAUAGCUUCGAUGAAACGAUUGAUACAUCAGAACAAGGCAUCAUGGAGGAUUUCUUAAACACAUUAAUACCAAAUGGACUUCCACCCCAUGAAUUGUUACUCAAAAAAAAUUGUCCUAUCAUGUUACUCAGAAAUGUCAAUCCUUCAGAAGGUUUAUGCAAUGGAACACGUCUUAUUUGUCGCAACUUUGAACGAAAUAUUAUUGAUGCUGAAAUUGCAGUUGGUCACCACACCGGAAAAAGAGUUUUCAUACCAAGGAUUCCUUUCUUGCCAAAUGGCAACCGACUACAAGCAACAAUUUUCGGCAAAGAUAUAGACCUACGUAAUGACAUGUUACACAUAUUCCGGUCUUACUACAUCAGUAAUGCUUAUGUUAAGCCUUUAGAUCCCAAGCAUAGAAUUGAAGCACAUGAAUACCAGUGGAUCUUAAAUUCAAGAACAAUCAUCGAAAACAUUCCAGAUGACGAAGUGGAAUUACAACCACCAGAAUAUGAUAUUAUCCCAUUCACCAAUCUGCAUGACUACAAAAACACUGGAACUGAAAUAGCCUGA